GUUAGAGAUGAGGCAUGCAUCUAAGAAAGCGACACGCUUCAGGGACGCCUAGCUCUAGUGCACCCAAAACAGCACGUUUUAAGACAAUAACACUUCCACAACUAGUUGAAAGAGCUAAAGAAGCCAGAGACGCGAUAGAAGCGGCGGCGGCUGGAAUGUCCGGCAGCCGCAAUGGAUCGGGGCCUGCGGGCAGCAACCCGCAGCCGAGCCUCUCUGAUCUCAUGGCGGCGAUUCAAAACUUAGAGAACCGGCUGGACAAGCGGCUUGAGAAGAUCGAGACUAGGCAUGAUGAGAUGUGCACUGGUCUGGCCAAGGUGCAGUCGCGAAUGGAUACCCUGGAGGGGAGGCUGGAGGCGGUGGAAGCAAGCAGCACCAAGCAGUACGUGCAGCCCCGCAAGCUGAUCCUGCGUGUGCCACCACAGCACGUGUCGGAACUGCACACCAUUGUUCCCAGCAUCCUCAAGGAGGUACGCCCGCACGAUGUCAUCGGAGUGCAGCUCAUCACCGUGCCGCCGAAGCUGGGAGCGAGAGGCGCCGCAGCAGAUGCCGCGGCUGCCGCAGCCCCGGCGCAGGGUGGCCGGCAGCAGGCACCCAUGACGCGGGUUGACCUGCUGGUGCACGAGGACGCACGCAAGACGGUGGCGGCGGCACUGGGCAAGCCACUUCGGGAGCGCUACGGCAUCAACGUCCAGGACUGCCUGACCAAGGCCGGGUGGGAGGCGAAGACGAGACGCCAGUCCACGUACGCGCGCCUCAAGGCCGAGGGCAAACAGCCCCGCUGGGACCGCGGAGCGGAGAUCAAGAUAGUGGGAGCAGAUGGGAGAUUGGUGCCCUACACCGGGCCCUACGGGGCCCCGGCGGGAGCGGACACCAUGGAGGACACCUAGAGGAGUCCGAGCCAGAGGGCUGGUGCGUUGAAAGUAGUACAAUGGAAUAUUCGCGGGCUUAAGGACUGGAAACCUGAUAACAAUGAGUUACGGGGUAUAGCGGGUAGUUAUGACAUUGUGGUGAUUACGGAAACGCAUUUAGUGGGAGAUACGGUAGUGAAGGAGAUGCUACCGUCGGGUACGCUCCUGUUCACAGUAGAUGGCACGCCCAACAGAGGUGGGGUAGCUGUCUGGGUAAAUCGUAUGUUAGCUAGGGAUGUGCAGCUCCUUGGUGUGUCUAAGGUUCCUAAGGGCAUGGAGAGUAUCUGGUUAAGGGUGAAAGGGCAUGCUCUUAAUAUGGGGGGGCGUAGUUUGCUGAUAGCAGCCUGUUAUGCAGCACCCCAAGGUUCUGCUCAGUACAAUGACCAUGCGGGUAGAAGGCGUACUGACACCGUGGAUCGUGUUUUUGGUCGACUCCGUGCCUUGUUGCGAAGAUAUGUGCGUCCAUGCGAUGAAAUCCUCAUUUUGGGGGACCUCAAUGCGCGAGUAGCCAGCUUGAGUGAUAUACCAGAUCUCCAGGCUGAUGCUGAACUGGAGGCGGCGGCAGGUGUGUCGAUCGGAGGUAAUGGGCUCAUUCAAGGCAUGCCGAGCAGGCGCAGUAAGGACCCAUCCAGCAACCCAUUUGGGCAAGGUUUAGUCGAGCUGUGCCGCGAAACUGAACUGAUUAUCAUGAAUGGUCGUGUGCCCGGUGACAUGGAGGGUGAGUUCACGUUCUACCACGCCCACGGCCUUGCCUGCAGUAUGAUUGAUCUUUUUGUCUGCACGCCUGCUUUGUUCUCGCGGGCGUCGCAUUUGCAAGUGCUUGGCAUCCCCAUUGCUAUAGAGGGGCCUAAAGUGGGAUCGAGGCUCAGCGAUCACUGCCCGGUGUCACUCACUCUGGACGUUGGAUUAGGAGGAAGGCGAAGGGGUGGCAACACGGGUUCCUCUCGCCUGGGGAAACGUGAGUGGGAGCGGUACACGCGCCUAUUUGAGGUAGAAGAUGCUGCUGUCGUACAGAAGAUUGACGAGGCUGUUAGCCAACUGGGCCAUGGUCUUAACAGUACGGAGGUUGUUACAGUGAUCUGUCGGGCUCUUAAGAAGGCUAUUGACGCCACGUUUCGUCUUGAGAGGAGGCAAGGGUCCAUUCCUAGUGCAGGCAGGACGGACAAGGAUGCGCCUUGGUGGACACCUGAGUGUGCGGAGGCCCGUGAGGCCAUGUUUACUCAAAAGGCGCUCAUGCGUGCUAACGGUCUGCUGGGGGAUCAGGAUGCCAGAGCUGAGUUCAGUCGGUUGCGCACGAAGUAUCAACGUCUACGCAGGGAGGCUAAGGACAAGUUCCGGGUCAUGCAUUUUGAAGGAGUUAUCGAAGAAUGUCGGGGGGAUCCACGGGCGCUGUGGGGUCGGCUGAAUGGCAGAUUUAGUCAGGGGUGCCCUAUCACGGAUGUCAACAGUUGGGGAGCCUACUUUAAUGCGCUGUUUAAUGGGGAAGUCAAUGCGUUUAACGAAGUUUCCGCGGACACCAUCCUUAGUACCAUCAACGGUGUACCACAUGGGAGGGGAAGAGGAUGGGUAAGGGCGACAGGCGAUCGGGUAGCACGAGUCACCGCUGCUGCUGCGCUCAAUGUUCCGUUCACCUUGGCGGAAGUCAUUGCUGCGCUGAAGUCUUUGCGUAAUAACAAGUCUGGGGGUUUGGACAGAGUACCGGCUGAAUGUUUCAAGUGUGCGACGAGAGAGGUUGAGGGUAGAAGGAUGUUUGUUUUAGCCCCUUACCUGCUCAAGCUACUAGAGCAUAUCCGCAGCACGGGGGAUUAUCCUGUGCAGUUUGAGGUCUCUGCGCUCACGCCCAUCCACAAAAAAGGCGAUGUGAUGGAGAAGGGUAACUAUAGGGGUUUAGCAGUGGGUGGUGUUUUGUCUAAGCUUUAUGCGUUUAUGUUGGAGCACAGGCUGUCUCGUUGG